GUCUUUGCACAUAUAUAUCAUGGCCUUCACAUGCAUGAUAUUUAUAUUAUAGGCUAUAGCCAAUAUUAAUUAGUUAAGCAUGAUCAGCACCGAUCACUGUGACUAUCUAUUGCUUAAGGCAGAAGAUGCAAGCUUUCGUGAUCUUGUUUUCAUUCUUUUUAACCUUGAACCAUCACAAGCAAGUAUAGAGUUUUCAGAGCCCUGUCAGAAAAAUGCUUAUAAACCUUUAGGAGAUUUUUUGCAACGAUGGUACAUAUGCGUGUCCCUAUUUCUGCAGAAACUCCUUAUCAUUUUCGGUACACCUAUGGCUUUGUCAGGGGAAAUGCUGGAGUGGUGGCUGAAUCUUCUGUCCGGUAACGGGGGGUUUUUCAAGCUUUGGUAUAACAUCUUAACAGGAGAUAAGGUGGUGGUGUUAAAGAAGUCAUCAUCGACAUUCGCAUCUGUGGUGGGACAUCUUGAUCAAAGAGUGAAAUUAGACGAAAAUAUUAAACCUACUGACAAAAAAUACAAGAAAUCACUCUCUAUGAUGGCUUGCAAAUUGUCAUACGAAAAUGAAGCAUUUGUUCAAACCAUAAUAAAAAAUCAAUGGAAUAUGGAAAACUUGGGGUUCUACAAAUUCCAGAACGCUGAUGUAGAAGAAGCAUCAACUCAAGUCAUAAUGUUCAAAGACACAAUCUCUAAUCCUAACCUGAUCAUGGUUGCAUUUACUGGAACCAAGCCAUUUGAUCCAUUUGGAUGGCAAACAGAUUUGGAUUUAUCCUGGUUUCAGCUUGCGGGCGUGGGCAAGGUCCAUAUGGGCUUCAUGAGAGCUCUCGGCCUAAAGAUGGCCAAAGAAGUCUGGCAAAAAGAAAUAAAACAAGAAAGUGACAAAAGAAAAGUUGCUUAUUAUGCAAUAAAACAAAGGUUGAGAGAACUAUUGAUGAAGAAUGAGGGAGCUAAGUUUAUAUUAACAGGACACAGCUUGGGUGGGGCAUUGGCCAUUCUGUUUGUGAGUGUGCUAGCAAUGCAUGAGGAGGCAUGGCUGUUGGAGAAAUUGGAGGGGGUUUACACAUUUGGGCAGCCAAGGGUUGGGAACAAACAGUUUGUGGAUCAUAUGGAUAAGGAGUUUAAAAAGCAUGAUGUGAAGUAUUAUAGGUAUGUUUACUGCAAUGACUUGGUGCCUAGGGUCCCUUGUGACAAUGGAGACUUUUAUCAACAUUUUCCGACAUGCAAAUACUACAAUAGCUUCUAUAAAGAGUAUUCAUUGAAGAAGGAGCCGAAUGAGAACUACUUCUCAUUGUUAUGGGUCAUACCAAAGUACCUAAACGCAUUUUGGGAGGUGAUCCGAAGUUUCAUAAUCCCAUGUUUAUGGGGUCCAAACUACAGUGAAACUUGGUUGAUGAGAAUGUUUAGGGUCAUCAUUGGAUUAAUAAUCCCUGGAGUGCCAGCACAUUCUUCUCAAGAUUAUGUUAACGCCACUUGUACGGUUUAACGCCAAUUUGGGUUCUGAACUGUAGGCCUCCAACAUCCUUUUAUUCAUCAUACAGAUGAGUUCUUCCAGAAGAAUAAGUUAAAGAGUUGAAGAUUGACUCAUGUUCAACUUCAAAUUAGUUCAAGGUUGCAGUCGAAUAUAUUAAGUUAUUUAUCUAUUUAUGUUUCAUGUAAUAAAAGUACCGUACGUUGUUAAAGCCUUUAAUGCGGAUUAAGAAUAUUUACCAUCUGAUAAUAAGUAAUUUUGUUAUGAUCAAGAAAUUAAUUGUUGAUA